UCCCAUCCCAAGGCAGAACUUGCAGGGACCGUGUUUUCACAGAGCUGGCUGCAAAGUGUUUGUCAGGUUGCGUGCAUGGUGCCAUGGUUUAGGCUCAAAUAAGCCCACAGGUCUCAUGUGGAAGCAGCGCGUCAUAUGUUUGCCUUGUUGCUUUUUGGUCAGCUGUCAUGCCGCCCAACUGGAUCAGAUUCCGCCAUAUGGUGAAGCCGCACCCGGGCAAGCGAAUUCAGGCUGCGGCACGGAAACAGACUUUACCAUGAUGCUUAUUCGAUCUCGGGCUUACUAUCGCACUGGGUUGUUUGAGCUCUCGGAUUCCGAACGAGUUUCCAGGAUAUUGGAACAUAGAGAUGUGAUCAAAGAUAUUUGCACUGUCGCGCUGUUGCAAGCGAUUCUUUUGAAGCUGGAAGAGAACUUGAUUUACCAAGCGGAUGCCUUUGAGAGUCUCAUGUCGCAGUAUGCCCUAUACUUGCACGAGGCCAUCAGGCAGGGGCGAAUCCGACAGGAAGACAUGGAGGUAUGGCCUUUGGAUGAAGGCAUUCAGCGCGUGCGCAAUAUCAGCCAGGCCCUUUCAGAGAAGAGACCAUUGUCAACUGCCAUGGUAAUGAACUACUGCCAGGUGACUGAUCGCUUUGGUGCGAGCCACGAGUUAGAUUGGCUGGCGGAGCCUUUCUUUGCGGAGGCGGCCGAGGGAGGCCUUCUGGCAGAGACGGAUUUGUAUAUCUACCAAGUGGAUUGGCCCUGGUGCAAGCCUUUGCAGGAAGGGAUCCUGCGCAAGCUCCGCCGAGUUGUGCGAAGGUUGCACGUGGUGCCGUAUGCAGGGGGACCUCGCCGGGAAGAGCAGACCGCCUAUUUCAAGUACAUCUCGGACCACUGGGACAACCUGCCGGAUUUCACGAUUUUUGUUCAUCCAGAUGCUGACGAGCAUCAGGGCGCUGCAUUCUUGGCCUUGAGGCGCGCAUUGAGUCUGAUCAACACGCAGUCCCAAUUUGCCUACGACGCCCUGGGAUACUAUCCCCUUGCCCAGCAAAUGGUGGUCGAGCCUCGGCGCACCUGGGGGCCAGGCUUUGCACCCAAGUGGCGGCGCUUUUGGCGCCGAGUCUUCGGACAUCCGUGGGACAUCUUGGGCCACAAGCCGCCUCGUUGCAAGUGGGAGAGGCACGCGGGGCAUUACUUGGCGGCGCAUGCGGAAGCGGGUCAGCGGCAAACGCUACCUGCGGCCAAGGCGGCUUGUGCUCUUCUGGAGGAAGACUGCGCUGGUGUCACGUGCCUCACUCCCUUCGACCCGCUGGAGGCUGAUUCGGCACUUCCGCUGCCUCAGGACCGGUUUGGUCAGAGGUCUUGUACGGCCCGCGUGGGAGCGGAAGGUCUGAUCAGCUCUCCUGAGCCAAGCGAGGUGAGCUACCUGAAGACCUGUGCAGCAGAAGGUCAGUCCGCACACGCAGCAGACUUCACGGAAGACUCGGAGACCGGUGCGACGUAUCAGAAAGCGGAGGGCACCUUCCUCUUCGGCUACGCAGAAGAGGACGAAGUCAGCCGCGGAGAGGCCGACGCCCGAAGACGCUGCGAUGAGUUGGGGGACGCAUGCACUGGCUACACCUGCGCAGCAUCCAUCCAGGUGAGCCCCUCCACGACGAAAAAGGGAUACGCCGAGGCGCAGCAGGCGCAAUCUUGCACUGUCCGUUCCGGCCGGGAGCUCAUCCGCAGCCCAAGCAAUGAGCUCACCUAUCUCAAGGUGUCUCCUAGUGCAAUGCUGCACAGUGCCGUGGCACGAAAAGGAGACAAAGCCGAUGCCAGCGGCGAUUUUCAAUUCUACACCGGGUCUCAGUCCAUUGUCAGGAAGGACCGCUUACAGUGGUGGCCAUUGGAGGAGAUCCAGACAUUUGCAGCAGAUGGAAUCUGGUGUUCGGACACCACCGGCCUGUUUGAGGCUGUGUGGCACCGAAUGUUCGGCGAGCCUCUAUCACAGCAUCCUCGCGGGCAUGAUCCCGCACUGCCGCUCUACUUGAAAUGGGAGGUCCCGACCUUCUUCUCCUACGGAGAUGAGGGAGUGAUAUGAACCGUGUCACACUUCCAGGUGGUCGGUCAGGAUCGACGAUGAUGCAAGCUCCGAGAUCGGCAUUGAGUGUGCAGUGCGGACCGCGCUUCGCACAGAUGCGAAGCGCUUGAAGAUCCCCCGAGAUCGCGGCCGGAGGGCUCUCGGCUGACGCUCGCCGAGGCAUUGCAGGCGACCCACAGGAGUUUUGACCGUGAAUCGGAA